AUGGGAAAUCUCAUAUCUGCUGUUCGACUUCCGGGUGUGCAGGUUUGUACGAGUAGCAACAAGUUAUUUGCUCUAACAUAUUCAGCUCUAAUUGACCAUGCUAAACUGCUUCGUGAAGUUAUUGCUCAUCCAGAAAUGACCAAAGAAGGAACAACAUUAGAUUACUUCAUAAAACAAUAUUGCAUUCGCAUGCAAAACGAUGAAAUGGGAACUUCGUAUCAACAAUGGUUACUACCAUGGCAAAUUGAUUGGAUUUGGCAUGUGCAUCGUCUUCAUCCAGUUGCGUACUUUCAUGAUUCUGAAGAUGGAGGUGGAAGUCUUGGUGGUUGUGGUGGUGGAUGUGGUGGAUGUGGUGGAUGUGGUGGUGGUUAA